GUUAGAACGUGCGGUGUUACGUAGCACGUGCUUUCGUUAUGAUGUCGGGCUGUGGCGACGAAAGUUUGGGCGUGAAGAAAAGUGUCAGCAAACGCUCGAAAGAGCUUUUACGAAGUGAAGUGAUCUCACGUGAAGACCACAUUCGCUCCCUGGUUCAGUCGAGCGGACCACCGAAAACUUUUCAAGUGAGGAGUACAGCCCUGGCACAGGCGAGGUCUUUUCUUCCUAAGUUGGCUGAGGCUGAAAGGACGAGGCUGGCUGCCAGCUGGGACAAUGGUGCAAACAUUGAGGUUGAAGACACCACCAGCCAAGGUCCUUUUAUUGAAAUGGGCACUGCAGAGGGCAGGGCCUACGAACCCUUGAACUGAGUCGACAGUGCUUUACAGACACGACUGCAUAGCAGGCGACGAAUGAGGCCUGCCAGCCAAGACGUUUCAACACAAAAAUAAAGAAUGAUUUUGGUGAUGAGUAUCUGGUGCUUAUUGAACAAGUUGGUCAAUUUGCUGCUCAAUUUUGAAGUAAUGCCUAUUAUGAACAUUGAAUGCGAUUAUCUCAAAACAUGCUUAACCACAGUAUCUAGAAUCAUAGUUUUCUGCAAGUAUUUAGAAGUAAUGGGGAAUAUGCUGAAGCAGGGUUUGUGUGGGGAAGUACGGUUCUGCUUCACGACAUCCAGUAGCUAUUAUCGUGUGAUGAUUAGGUAUCUGAAGGAAAAGAUUUACAAAAAUGAGCAUUAUAAUUUUCAGUGCUUUAAUGAGAAGAGAAAUGACUCAAUAUUAAAUUUAUAGUAUAAUAUUUACUGUAUCUUUUAAGGCUCGGAAGAAAAAGGUGCAUAAACUUUGCAUAAAUUCAUGGCAGGUGUCGUAACGGAAUUCCUGGCUGACAAGAUAAUCAAGCAGUCAUACGUAUAUAUUCACGGCUAUGUGCAAUAUAAUUGCUUAAAAAUCUAUUUACUCAUGCAGGAUAACAGUACCAAAAAAAAUAAUAUUGAGAAUGUCUUUCAGUGUCUGUGCCUUUGUGAAACAGGGGUGCAAAUAUUCCAAGUGUGAUGUCAUCAUCUUGAUGGGGUAGUUGAUGGUCCUGAAAAAGUACAGAAUUUUAAUAAAGACUACCACUGCAAGUGUUUCAUACUUUAUGUGAUCCCUUAAUUGAACACUAAACGCAAGUAAUAAGUCAAUGUGAUUCAUUGGAUCAAUGUCCAGAAACCUUGUACUAUGCAGUACAAAAGUCAUGCAAAAGAAAUGCUUAAUUUGAAAGGGAUUCUCAUUUUACUGGUACACAUACCUUUAGCGCUAUUUGCACUGUCCACCUCCAAGAAUGGCCGCCUGAUGUAGCCUUGCUUGCUUCACUGCUCGAUAUUCGGCGCAGUGGAGCAAGAACAAAGAACAGCCUGGCAAAAACAAAACUUGCAUCAUGAUGGCCAGUGCAAGCAGAACAUGGACAAAAAAAGGAAACUUGUAUCGCCACUGGAGACUAUGGGCGCGUUGGUGUUGGAGCACUGUAAGAAGCAUCACGCUAGGCCGAGAAUAGGGAGGGGACUGUUUAUUCAGAGAUCGCGCUCCAGCGCGUACCAAUGGUUACACAAUAUAAUCACUGUUUGGUGCUAUGAGACACAUCCCGCAAAGCCGAAACUAAUCGGAGGUCUAUUACUCUGAGAUUAGUAUUUCUGAAGUUAGGACAAAUUUAGGAAAAAAUAAUGCGUGCUGGCAACAACUCUAAAGAACAAUGGAAAAACUUAAACAAGAACACAUCUGAACUAACUAUCACUGAGCUUCAAAUUGCUGACUGUGUCUUAGAUCAGCCAAUUGACAUUGCGAAUGAAUUCAACUCAUUUUACUAUAAUCAAGCGUCUUGUCUACCCCCAUUGUCAAAUCUCAGGUCCGCUCUUCGCAAUUUUUCUACCUUUUCCUAACAGACCCUAAUGGAAUUGUCAGCAUUAUUCGUAAUCUUAAAGUAACCUCUCCUGGACUUGACGGAAUUCACUCGUCCAACAUUGAGCUAAUUGCCAACCAUAUUACCAUCCCUCUAUCCCGUGUUAUCAAUAUAAUUAUCAAGACAGGUUCGUUCUUAUUAGACUAAAACAGGCCAAAAUAAUACCAGUAUUCAAGAAAGGCGAGAGAACGUCCAUAUUUAAUUAUCGCCCCAUAGCUAUCCUAUCAGCUCUUAGUAAAUAAUAGACAUGUACUGAGAAAUGCAUUAUUAAUUGUAUAAAUUUUCCAGUUGAACUCCUAAUAAGUUUGGUUUUUUGACCUGCUUUCUCUACCAAUCUCGCAUUGUCAACUUUCAUUAAUAAGACUAGAAAAGCUAUUGUGAUUCAGGUGAAUUAGCUCGAGCAUCGUUCAUUCACCUAACCAAAGCUUUUAACUCCCUCAACCACAGCAUCCUGAAAACCAAGGUCUUGGCUAUUGGUAUUGUUAGACCUGCCCUAACACUCAUCAAAAGUUACCUCUGUAACAGACAGCAGGCUGUUUAUGUUCACUCUACAUUAUCAGAAUUUUUUACUACUAAUCGUGGUGUCCCUCAACAGUCCAUUCUUGUUCGCUUUCAUUUUUAUUUUACAUGUAUAAGCUUCUAUUGUGACUGGGGGACUUCAAUGGGAACCAGAGCCAUCGAAGUAACAGGUCGAAGACGGACUGAGGAGCAGGGCUGAAAACUUGAAAACGUUUAUUUACAGUAUUUGCAUAAUUAGGUAAGCUGGGACAUGACAAAAAGGAAAAGCACACCCGAGCGUCCCUGCACUCUCAUUUCAUACCCUCAGUCUUCCCAAGAUUCCCUGCGACUAUGUACUAUGCAGUGGAGUCCAGGAUCCUCCAAUAGGAUUGUCGUCUUUCACUGUGCUCAUGAAUUAUCGUCUUUCACUGCAUUCACGAAGAGGCAAAGUCCCAAACCCCUCCCCGGAAAGGGAGAAAGGCACACACCGUUCGCCUUACCUGAAGGGGGCAGCACACACAAAAAGCACGGCACAGCUGGCAUGGUGCGUUGACCUUGAGCUCAUGGGCAGAGUAGAUUCCUCCGGUUUGGCAAGGUUCUGAGAUGACUCAUCGAGCAGGUGUCGCCGCCGGGUAGUCUGUGGAGCGCAUGAAAAGAACACUUCAAAAGGCGCUCCGCUUCCUCCGCCACUCAGUUCAUUGACAGGUGCAUUCUGAUGACCCCAUUUACGCGCAGGGGACUGGUCUUUCUAGGCAGCCCAGAUAGCAAAACAGCCCUUCCUAGGUAAUCCGUCCGUUAUGCGGGCACAAAGGGUUUGAGGUGAGCCGACGGACAUCAAGAAUUCGCUGUGCUGCCGCUUUCUGGACCCUCGGGAAGCAUGACAAAGUCAAAACCUCUUCAUGCGUCUAAGCAGGGCUAAGACACAGGGGCCGAUCACAAUACUUCCGCUUUCAGUUACUAACUCUGAACCUUUCCUUUAUGCCGAUGACUCAACUAUACUAGCCACUGAUAAAUAAAUCGACUAACGCUAAAAUUACAAAAUGAUCUAAAUAACAUUAUAAGUCUUACUAACUCGCUUAUUAUUAACCCUACGAAAACUAAGUUCUUGACAUUUCUCUCAACUAACAAAGUUCUUACCUCCCGAAUUUCUGUUGCAGUAAUUGACUUACUGAUUAGUCCUGACACUGAAUGCUCUUUCUUAGGAGUCAUUCUCGACUUCAACUUAAAAUACCCUAAUCGUGUUAUGUACCUAUGCAAAAAAAAACUAGCAUUUACUAUUAGGAUUUUAAUCGGAGCAUGUAAUCAUUUUGACACUUUGGCUAUAAUCAAGUUAUGCUUUUAUUCACAGCCGUACUAAUUAUUGCAAUACUACUGGGGGAAAAACCUAACACACUUAUCUCCCAUUAAGAACAUUCAAAACCAAGCCAUAAGACUAAUAACUUUCAGUUCAUAUCGUUCUAGUGCAUCAUCAUUACUUCGAAACUUUGAGAUACUUCCUACUAUACUUCGUACUGUUAGUUUGUUUAGAUGUCAUCUUAUUAUCAUGCUGUUCAAGUCACUGAACCAUCUUGUACCAUCAAGUGUCUUUUAUCCUAAUGCCUUGUCUAACUUAAACCGUACUAGGUUUGCUCAAAAUGAAAAUUUUUUACUAUGUAUUACUUGUACUAAUUUCUGACGCUGCACUCCAUAUUUCUCAGUAUUAUCAUUAUUGAAUUCAUUGCAAUCUCACAUCAAACGACCCUCAUCAACUGGUUUAUUUAAAUAAACAAUUGUAUCUAUAUUUAUGAACUAUCAGAUUUUUUUCCCUGUUAUAUUACUUAUGCCACUCUUUUUCUUUACUUGUUUCUUAGGCAGUGCUGGUAUAUCAAUUUUUACUCAUCUUUUUGUUUUCACUGUUACUGCUAAUCGAAUACUUUUUAUGUAAUUUUGAAUAAGAGGUUCCUCUACAGCCUUGUGCUUUUCAACCUCCUCCUGAAUGUAUGCUUUGUACGAUGUUCCCUUUUCUGUACUAAUAACUGAAAUAAACUUUAAUCUUGAAA